AUGGAUGAUGAUAAUCCUACCCCACAAGCCCCACCGCCUCCCUGGGGCAAUGAUUACACUCGGUACCUGACGGGUGGAGGAGGCUCCAGUCCGAGGCCGAGUCCGGGUUCAGCUGGUUCUCGUAGCCGUUCAGGUGGCCGCUCAGGUGGACGCUCAGGUUCUCGUGGGAGUCCUGGGAUUUCUAGUUCUCAUACAUCUACGGUUCCUGAGCAGCAGCCUCAGCAGUCAUUCACUGAAGAGACACCUGUUGAGUCUCCUCCAAUUUCUCAGCCUCAGCCUCGAGUUCGGCGUCCACGGCCCCCUCUUACCGAGGAACGCCAGAGAUAUUUUGCGGAGAUAAAGACUAUUCUCGAUAGUCCUGGACAUGAACGUCUCCGGCGACUCGAUCCUCUUCGUCUUCAUAAGACUUUUUGGUUUAACGAUGAUCCGUUAGUUGCUCAGGAAGUCCGAUCUGUCUUUGUGAGAGAUUUCAAAGAACCUCAUGCCAAUUGGGGCCAAAUUCCCAAACAUGUCAUCGACCGUUGGUUUAUAACAUUUGCGCAUAAGUUUCAUUGGGAGUUUGGCUAUUCGGAAUUAGUCCGUGAGGAGUUUGAAGAGAAAGUGAAGGACAGGUUGCCUGACUUCGUGGGACGGUUAAAGAAGUCCUACCUUGAGAAAGGCGACAUAGCCAAACCAGAAUGGUGGGCUUUGCAAUUUGUGGAAGGCUUGAAAGCGUUUUGGGCGGAUCCUGGUCACCAGUAUCGAAGUGACAAUGGUAGGGCGGCUCGAUACUAUGAUCCCAAUGGGAAAGGGAUUCCCAAACACCGAUCCGGCCAGACAUCAUUUAGAGCUAGAUGA